GGGGCGGGCUGGGCCUCGCCGGCCCCCAGCCUGAGCUGGGGGUGGCGGGUGGCCGCGUUUGUUGGCCCUCAGAGCGGCCGGGAGCCAGUGCCGGCGGCCCGGUGAACGCGGAGUGCUAACGUGUUAGGGGCGUCCCGUGACCGGCCACCUCUCCUUUGCUGGAACGCGGGUCCCGUCGGUGAGGGCGGGGGGUUUGCUAGUGGCCGGUUGAUUCUGGCCUUUCAAACCUUGUGCUGCAAACGCGGAGUGCUUCAGGUUGAAAAUACGCGUGGGUAGAGAGCGUCAGUGAAAGCAUAAGUGCGAUAUAAAGUGGCUAAAUGGCAAGGCUGCUGUAUGUGGGGAAAAAAGUGAGGAAAAAUCCCCCACAACCUCAUCCCUCUCCUCAUUCCAUAUCGUAGAAUUUAUUUCUCCACGCUCAGUUUUCUCUGUUCCAUGCAAUUAUGGAAGAAGAAAUGACAAAAUGUUCACUACUACAACAAACCCUUCACAUACAGCAUUUUUUAAAUCAGUGCCCUUAAUAAGAAUACCCAACUUCCCAGAGUCCAGCAAUUUUAGCAGCAGUUCUCCUGCCUUGACAUGUCAUUUAUUACUUUUAGGUGGUAGGAAAAAAAAAAGUUUGGAGAGGCCUCAGUAAGAUGGUACCCUUCCUUUCUCUAAAGCUUUCAUCCUCUAGGCACAUGCGAAGAGACAGUCGUUCAAAGGCUUCACAAAGUUUGGCUGAAGUGUAACAUUUUCCAGGUUUGCAUAUCCAACAAAUAUUAAACACAACACAAAUAUGACAGGGAUUACAUUUACAUUAUUGUGGUGGCUGAUGGUCUUGCAGUGUUUCUAGUAACGUUUGUUGCUAAGACUGCACAGUAAAAUGAGACUACUUGUUACAGUGGAAAAAUAGAGCAGCUUAAGGGGUCUGACCACAAGUCUUUCAAGCUGAAAGGCAUUGUUUUUAUAGAGGUGGUAUAACUGAAGCUCAAAAAUGAAGGGACAGCAGCAUUUGGCCUUUAGUUUCAAAGGGAAAAAAAAUCAAUUAAUUACAUGUAACAGUUCAUAAAAUGCUCUGGUGGUACAGCAGCAUCUGAGGUCAGGGUACUGUAUGACCAGGAGGCUGGGCAGCUGUGAAGGGAGCACAAGACCUUGCAACUCAGAGGUUGUGUCUGUGCUAGAGUGUUUAUAAAGCACAGCAUGAGCUAAAUGAUUGAUAGUAUACAGAUAUAUUAAUAGAGUUCCCAUGACAAAGUCUAACUCGAUCUUCCAGUCUAGUUUAAGUCACCAAAUCUAGUUUAAACCAGAUUAGCAACCAGAAUGUGUCUUCCUCCCAGCCCCACUAAAAAACAUUUGUUGUGUUGAGCUUUCUGGUAGCCUUCUUUGCUUCUCACUCCUCUAAAAAAAUAAGAAGCUGCAGGAGUAGUCAUUCGUUAUCCUUUUUUCCCUAACGUGUUCAUUUUCCUGUUUUCUCUAUGAGUAUGCAAGCCUGAAUUCCAGGAGGACUGACUAUGACUUAAAGCAUGAAUGCUUCAGAGCACUGAAAAUUAGAAUGGGAUGGAAAGUAUUCCUAAACAGACACGACUCUUGGCCAAAAAACCAGUGCCUAGCUCCAAGAUUGAAAAAAGAGACAUUAAUAAGACUAAGAAAGAAAAAAUAAGUACCUUUUCAUUCCCCCACAAAGACCAGUGCAUUUUCUGUGUUUGAAGAACCUUACAAAUUUUUAAGAGAGUCGAAACAGGGUUUGCAGUACCUCUGUAGCUGCCUAGCACUGUGUAACUUUCCUGAGCUGGAAGACACUUUCUAUCUGGAUGAGAAAAACUUACCUUAGGACAUUAUAAAACAUCUCAUGGAUGUCUUAUACAUACUUGGUCAUUGCCAAAAAAACAUACAGAGGUAAUAGUUAAGUCUGCGCUCAUCCUAAAAGUAACAGUAAAUAAGUCUCUUGAGCCUGUGAUAUGCAUUAACAUGUCAUAUAUGGUUGUAGUGGGAAUGUGUGUGUCUGGAAAAAAAAAAAAAGAGUAGGUCUUGCUUUUUUUUGAGAUCAGUGUGGGAGAGUAUCUGGUUAUAUUGAGGUGUUUGCCUUUACUUCCUAGAGUAGUUUAAAUGGAAGUAUUCAGUGUUGCAGAAGAGAGAAGAAAUAUUUUUAGAGAGAAAAAAAGUCAUAAAAGUAUUUUAUAGGAGGCUUUUCCAAUUAAUGGCCAGUAGUCUUGUCUCUGAGUGCUCAUGAGUCUGAACAAAUGUUGUUCAGCAUUCGCUGGAAGAGUGUCAACAGAGAUUGAAAUGUAGUGGGACAAAUGUUACAUGCUAGUGCCUUGACUUUCCUUACUGAGGCUGUUCAGCAAAGUAUUGCUUCCAUUAUGUUCCUCAUAAAGUUUUAAGAAUUUCUACAUUUCUGUGGUAUUAAAGGUGGAUAUAAUUUUUUACUUCAGGUAUUUCAGGUACUUGCAGAGAUUGACCAUGCCACAGUGAUACAGGUCACUUACUUAUUAUGCAGGCAUGCUUUUUGCUUCACGAAGCUUCUGUUGCCUUGGCAUUAGAACAUACCAGCUACGAACAGAUUUGCUUUCCAGAUCCAUUAAACUUUCAGCCUCUGCAACAAUGGCCUUCAGACACAAGAACACAAGACGAAUUGAAGGCCUUGAUAGCAACGUGUGGGCUGAAUUUACACAGGUGGCAGCAGAUCCCUCAAUUGUUAAUCUUGGUCAAGGCCUUCCUGAUAUAUCCCCUCCCAGCUAUGUUAAAGAAGAGCUGGCAAAGGCAGCAGCAGUUGACAGACUGAACCAGUACACACGAGGCUUUGGACAUCUGUCGCUAGUGAAAGCCUUGUCUCAAGUGUAUGAGAGAGUUUGUGGAAGAAAGAUUGAUCCUCUCACAGAUAUCCUGGUGACCGUGGGAGCUUAUGGAUCUCUCUUUAGUACAAUACAGGCAUUAAUUGAAGAGGGAGAUGAAGUAAUAAUAAUAGAGCCGUUUUAUGACUGUUAUGAACCAAUGGUAAAGAUGGCGGGUGCAAAGCCUGUUUUUAUCCCACUGAGAUAUAAAAAUGAUGGAAGCUCUCCCUCUAGUGCUGAUUGGGUCUUAGAUCCUGCUGAACUUGCAAAUAAAUUUAAUUCCAAAACAAAAGCAAUUAUUCUGAAUACCCCGCACAACCCCAUAGGCAAGGUGUUUACCAGAGAAGAGCUCCAAGUCAUAGCUGAUCUCUGUAUUAAACAUGAUACCCUGUGCAUCAGUGAUGAGGUGUAUGAAUGGCUGGUGUAUAAAGGAAAGAAACACAUUAAAAUAGCUACGUUGCCAGGUAUGUGGGAAAGAACAAUAACUAUAGGAAGUGCUGGAAAAACAUACAGUGUAACUGGCUGGAAGCUUGGUUGGUCUAUUGGCCCUGAGAACCUGAUUAAGCAUUUGCAAGUUGUCCACCAAAAUACACUGUAUACUUGCUCAACUCCAUUACAGGAGGCUUUGGCACAAGCAUUUUGGAUAGACUAUAAACGCAUGGAUGACCCAGACUGCUAUUUUUACUCACUGUCUCGAGAGCUGGAAAGCAAGCGUGAUCGGAUGGCUCACCUACUUCAAGAAAGUGGACUAAAGCCUGUCAUUCCAGAUGGAGGAUACUUUAUGAUUGUUGAUGUUUCUACAUUAAAUGUGGAUCUCUCCGAUGCAGAUGAGAAACAACCUUAUGAUUAUAAAUUUGUCAAAUGGAUGAUAACAUCUAAGAAGCUGUCAGCAAUUCCUCUUUCAGCAUUCUGUGGUCCUGAGACAAAAAGGCAGUUUGAAAAAUAUAUACGUUUUUGCUUCAUUAAGAAAGACAGCACGCUAGAUGCAGCUGAAGUGAUCUUGAAGAACUGGAAUAAACAGACAGCCUGAUUUUUCUUAUUAACUCUUCCAUCAAGUAUAAUUAUCUAAUAGUAGGGGUUUUUUAAUUGCAAAUUUAAGAACAAAUUACUUAAUACAGUACAGAGUUAAUACAGCAUUGUAAAUAACUUUGUGCUGCCACCUGCUGAGGAGUCAAAACGAUGAUUUACUGAAAUAUGUAUAAUGCAACUCAGAAGUUAUUUUCAGUCUUUUCAAAAUCAUUUACAUUUUUUCCUAAAAAAAAAAAAUAAUCUAUGGGAUUCACUUAUUUUACCGAAAGACAAAAAUUUGUAGGACUCUGUGUAAAAUAAAUAGAUGAUAUAGGAAUUUUAAAACUUACAAGAAAGAAGUGGGAGAUGUUUUUGGUAUGAGGUAGAAUAGGAACUAGGGGUGAGACUUAAACAUUGCGGUUUGUGAAACCCAAUAGCCUGCAGUGGAGGAAAAUGAAGAUAUGCCUCAUAUUAGAUAAUUGUAGUGACCUUCUACAUACAUACCUACCUACCCUGUCCAUGCACAAAUUGCAUCAGUUUACAUAAAGUGAUUGAGUUAAAUCAAUACAGUGUUUUUACUAUAGGCAAGACUGAAAAGUGCUAAGUUGCAUAAUUACUAUUUUAUUUUCCCACAAUAGUCACGUGUGCUGUUCUGAAAGUAUUCAGUCCUCAAUAAAAUUAUAAAAGUGGCAUCUAGAA